GACUAAAUAAUUCUUUGAAUAAAGUACACUUUGAAAAUUAUGCACUUGUCCUCCAUAUUCCAUUGAAGGCCACUCUACGUGCAAAACGAUAAUUGAAACCGAAAGCCACAUUAUCAUAACCGGGUCAGCGCAUAGCCUUAUCUGAUAACAAGCAUGUACAUGCGCCGUGAUUGAAAUACAUACUCGUCUGCAAUUUCUCACACAUUACUUGUCACCAGAAGCAAUUAGUCAUCACCCGGAAGAUAAAAGCAUGAAAGUGUCCCCCGUGAAAAGCACAUUGAUGUGUCUCUCCCUCCUCUUCUGCUGCAAUAUUUACAUUCUAUAUUCGUAUUCCAAAACGGGUGUGACGAGAGCCGAUUUCACCACAGACAUCGUUAAAGGCAUCGCAAACGAAAUUAUUCAGUUUAUAGCUAGCAAUAUCACAGGAAGAAGCAAAAGCAAAAGCGUUGACUGUUUCCUCGGCAGAAACCAUUCUGGAACUUACCGGUUGACAUCAAACUACGCUAAUGACAGCAAAGAAUCACCAGAGACAAGAGCCAAAAAGGCUCUAUUUUUUGACAGGUUAACACAGGCAGAAAAGGAGGACUAUAGAGACCUCAUUAAAACUUUCAGUAAAGGCGUGCCUUCAAACAUCACCUACUUCCUCUAUGCAGGAGCUUUACUCGGUUCCUACUCUCACCAUGGCAUGAUUCCCUGGGAUGAUGAUAUGGACAUUAUUGUCAGGGAAAAAGACAAACCUUUAUUGCUGAAAUUCCUGCAGUCCCUCGGGUCAAAAUAUGAACAUCACACCAGCUGGAAGGUAAACUGGAAGUUUUACCACGUAAAGUCCCCAAAGGCUGGUGAAAAGCACUGGAAGUGGCCCUUCCUCGAUAUAUUCUUUUAUUCUGAAAAACCUUCAAACAUACGAGACUGUAAAGCCUUGAAAAAGAAAUUCAACAAGAGUGAUGUGUUUCCUUUGAUCCAACGACCCUUCAUGGGGAUGAUGCUGCCAGCUCCAAGGAACACUCGUAAGGUUUUGGAAAAGACUUACAAAAUCGAUCUCUGUGUAUCGAAUUCAUAUGAUCACAGAUUGGAGAAGAGCGUGCCAGACAAAUGUGUAGUGAAACUUCCGUGUCACAUGUUAAAAGACCAGUAUCCCUUUGUAACCCGAAAGGAAUCAAAUAACAAAACUGUUGAGAUAUUGGAAGACCCCUACAACAUCUCCUCCAACAGAAGCGUUUAUGAAACGAAACAAAGUAUAUUAAUGUAACAAUGAAAUUUUGUAUAAACUGUCGAAAGAUAGAUAUGUAAACAUGCACACCAUAACUAUUAUAUUGCACACACAAGAAUAUCCAUCUUCAUAAAUAUUUUAUAAUAAUAUGACAUAAACGAAUAUGAAUCCA